AUGUUCUUUCCUAUAUUUAAAAUUCUAAUAUACUUGGUUUGUCUUCAGAUGAGGCAGCGGGUCUUCACGGGUGUUGUGACACAGUUGCAGGAUCGGCAUGGGAUGGUAGACCAGGAGGUGCGCUUUACAAUCAGUACGGUAGUGGGCAGAGUACCAUUGGUCGGAGACAAGGUGCUAGUGAAAGCAGUGCAGGAUCCUUCACAGUCAGCUAAAUGGACAGCACAAAGGGUGCAGGUUCUUAAUGGCCAGCCGUUUAAGUCUCCUCCUCCACUGCUGCACUCUGCGUCAUCAAACAUGAAGCCAAGCCUUUUGGGAAACAAACGUCAACCAUUACUGCAAUCCCCUCAAAUUCCUCCACUUAUUCCUGGCAUGCAACCAAAUUCAGUUGUCAUACACCAGCUGCCCCACCACCAGCAGAUGCCAUGGAUGGCUCCAUUUGAAGCUUGGACUGGAGGGAACAGAAAAAGGCACAACGAACUUGUGGGAGGGCGAAGAGGUCGACAGUGGGAGGAAGCUGGUGGUUCGUGGGGAGGUGAUAAUGCACACCAGAAGAGACGGCGAUGGAGAGCUCCAUCUGAGGAGGAAACAUCAAAAAAGAGCACCUCUGUAGCCAGCUCAAGCUCUUUUUUCUUUUCCUUUUUUCCUCGAGACAGUCAGGCCUGUGAUAUACUGGAACUGCAGAGGCGCUACCCACACCUCCCUGCUCCUUUACCUCUGUUCCAUGUGCAGCUCUGCUGGCCCGAGAGCUUUCCCUCUAGCCAGCCGUUUCCUCUUGCAGGGCCCUGCCAUUUUCAUGUGGGCUCCAGCAAGCCUGAGUCUGAAACACUUGCGGCACAGUCUGCAGACAUUACUGAUUCAAGCUUCUCUGUUAAGGUGAUGUUGCUGUCCAUGCCUGCCAUUGAAGACUUCUACUCUCACUGUUGUAACUAUGCAGAGGAUGGGCAAGCAUGUGGUGAUAAAGUCCACCCUACAACGCUUUUCAAGCUUCUGUUACUGGACAGGGCAGGAGAGCUGCAACUCCCUGGAGGUUCAUGGUGCCCCAAAGAAGACGGUGCCAGUCCAGCCAAAGACAACAGCACUCUAAUCCGCACUGCAGUCCGCUGUGUAAAGGAACAGACUGCUCUGGACCUUACAGCUUGUACACAAUGGCAUAAAAUGGCUGAGCUGAGACUGUUGUCUGGGGAUAAAGUGGAGACAGUAAUCAUACUGCUGCCAGAUGUGUGGAAUCUAGUGCAGACGACAGAAGAGUGGGCCAGGAUACGUGAGGACUGGCAGGAUGAAGCUUCUCCUCUCCCUGAUGUUCCCUCGCUGCUUGUUCACCCAUCUGCAGGUCUUGCAUUGUCUGCAGUUUCCCUCUCGUCUUUAGUGGAGCCACAGACCUCCCGAUCUAGGGAUACAUUUGAGGUGGGUUUGGCAAGUGAGCUGUUCUGUGAGAUGCUCCAGAGAGAUUUUGGCUUGCACCUUUACCACUCCCUCUGCAGCCUUGCUCAGGCAAAAAGAGAAGACAGCAGCACUGCCGUGCAGGAUGAAUCGAAAAUGGCUGACAGUGAGACUACAAAGAAAGGAGUGAGUGAUGACAAGAAAAAAAAUCAUAAAGAGGAGGGAAAAGGUGAAGAUACUGUCAUGAAGGAUGUAGAGGAGGAGGCGGACAAGCAAACAGAUAUUUUGGAGACUGAGGGCCAAGCAGUGGGUGAAGAACAUGAUUCAUCAUUAUUGGACGAUGAACAACCUUGUGUAGCGCUUCCUCGAAGGGUGCUUCUAUCCUGGGUGUUUUUUGACAGGCACCUCACUGGCCACCUGAAGGAGGAUGAUGUAAAGAACAUCUUGCUGUCACUUGGGCUCUACCUCACAACCUCUCAGGCACAGGACCUGGUUGGCAAGUUCUCAGUGGAUGGGAAGUGCAUGUAUCGCAAGCUGUUCUCUCACUGGACAGAUGCAGACGAGGUGCCCUGUGACCUCAGUGCUGAAGGUAAUAAAGGCUUGUUACCCGGGGUGCCUAGGAAGGAGAAAAGCUCUUCUCGGCGCUCAGCCAACAGUACUAAUCCAGAUGUUGUGACUUACAAAGGGACUGUGCUAAACAUCUCAAACCUGCUGCAAUCACUUGAGAGCAGCAAGGCAGCACAGCACGAGCUGGAGAAACACAUUGCUGACCUGCAGGCAAUGCUCGAGGUAGCUAGGGCAAGGCCAGACUCUGAUGAACAGGAGCAGCUGAAGAGCCGGUUACAAAAAGUUGAAGCCCUUAACAAAACCUAUGAGAAGAAUCUAAAAGAAAAUGCCGGCCACAUGCUUGCCGUCAUUGAGAAGAUGCAAAAUAUGGUGGAUCAGACAACAACUCUUACAAAAGAAGAGAAAUUGAACAAUCCACAGUCCCUUCACUUGGCGAAAUAAACAUUUUUAUGCAUAAACAGUUUUAAACUCCAUUAUACUUUAUACCUGGAGUGAUUGUUUCAGAAAAUAAAAUAAUGGUUUCAGUAAAAUAAAAUGAUUCAGUCUAUAAACUGUAAGUUAAUGUAUUUCUCAUGUUUUUGUAAUUUGAUUAUAAAUACUGAAUUGUUCUACAUUUUCUUUUUUUAAGAAAUAUAAGUGGGGUGGGUACAGUAAAAUAGGUUUUGAGGGUGUAAUUUCUUUUGGCUGUCCUAUGUAAUACCAUGACCUAAAAUUUGUGUACAUAGGUCAUCAUUUAAUGUUUUUUGUCGUUUUUUUUUAAGCAUAGCCCAGAUGGGUAUAACUAAUUACUAUUGUGGUAAUAGAAAAAUAAAAAAGAGAAAGUUGACCCUUCUUCUGUAGUUAAGACACUGUUCUUACUAUGCCAGAUUAACUGAUGUGUAAAAACAUGAAAUCAGCCUCUGUGAUUUAUUAACCUGGUUUCAAAGAGUGUGCAACUUCCUUUUAUUUAAUUGAUUAGAGUCUGUUAAUGUUUGUAGGUUGGUGUUUUUGCAAAUAUUGUCAGUUUAAACAAAACUGGUGCAAAAAUAAACUGUUGUUUGUGACUUUA